GCUCGGGACCCGCCACGGGCAGCGGCUGGCGCGGGCUCCGGCAGACAGACAGACAGGCAGACAGACAGACAGACUGACAGCAGCACCGCCACAGCACGCACACAGAGAGCAGCGGCACCGCGCACAGCUCAGCGGCACCGCGCAGGGCUCAGCCACAGCGCACCGCGGCGCCGGCAGCGGCAGGAGGACAAGCAGCGCACGGUGCUGGGAGCCCGGCCGGCGGCACUGCCCGGAGAUGUCGGGGGUGCUGGUGAUCGCUGCCUGGUGCUUCCUGCAAGUGGAGAGCCGGCAUCCCGAAAUCAUCACGAGUAACAGCAAUCAUGGCAAUUUCCUGGACAACGACAAAUGGCUGAGCACCGUUUCGCAGUACGAUAAAGACAAGUACUGGAACAAAUUCCGGGAUGAUGAUUAUUUCAGAAACUGGAAUCCAAACAAGCCGUUUGAUCAAGCCCUUGAUCCAUCCAAAGAUCCCUGCCUGAAGGUGAAGUGCAGCCCACACAAAGUGUGUGUCACCCACGACUACGAGACCGCGAUCUGCGUGAGCCGCAAGCAGCUGGUGCACAGCCUUCGACAAAAGAAAGGCAACUUGGCCCAGAAGCACUGGGCUGGAGCAGCCAACAUGGCAAAGUGCAAGCCCUGCCCCAUGGCCCAUUCCAGCGCUGUCUGCGGCUCCGACGGACACACCUACAGCAGCCAGUGCAAGAUGGAGUUCCAUGCAUGUACUUCUGGCAAAACCAUCACAACUCGAUGUGAAGGGCCCUGCCCCUGCCUGCCAGGACCUGAAAGUAUAAAACACAAGACAGAGAAGACUGCUUGCACAGACAAAGAGCUGAGGAGUCUGGCGUCGAGGCUGAAGGACUGGUUCGGUGCCCUUCACGAGGAUGCCAAUCGUGUCAUCAAACCCACGAGCUCGGAGACAGCACAAGGCAGAUUUGACACCAGCAUCCUACCAAUCUGUAAGGAUUCCUUAGGCUGGAUGUUCAACAAACUUGACAUGAACUAUGACCUGCUGCUGGAUCCCUCGGAGAUCAGUGCCAUUUAUCUGGAUAAGUACGAGCCUUGUGUCAAGCCCCUCUUCAACUCCUGCGACUCCUUCAAAGACGGGAAGCUUUCCAACAACGAGUGGUGCUAUUGCUUCCAGAAGCCAGGCGGUCUUCCUUGCCAGAAUGAAAUGAAUAGAAUUCAAAAGCUAAGUAGAGGGAAGAGUCUGUUGGGUGCUUUCAUCCCCCGGUGCAAUGAAGAAGGUUAUUACAAAGCCACGCAGUGCCAUGGCAGCACGGGGCAGUGCUGGUGUGUUGAUAAGUAUGGGAAUGAGAUAGCUGGCUCCAGAAAGCAAGGCACAGUCAGCUGUGAAGAAGAGCAAGAAACCUCAGGGGAUUUUGGCAGUGGUGGAUCUGUUGUAUUGUUGGAUGACUUGGAAGAGGAACCUGAAGCAACAAAAAAAGACAAAGAAGGGAAACUGAAGAUUCAUGUAAGAGCAGCUAAUGAAGAUGAUGAAGAUGAAGAUGAUGAUAAGGAUGAUGAAAUUGGUUAUAUAUGGUAGUGCCCAUCAUGAUGAGGACUCACGUUUUGCACAAUAUUGCAAUUCACAUCAUAUCUCUGCAAUUGUAUCUGAGAGUACCUGGCACAAAAGUUCCCUCUAUACUGAGUUUAAUUUUGUAUAGCCAAUUUAAUUUGGAUGACAACUUUUUUUCCAGCAAGGACUGUUUGGAAUACAGCUUUUGUUCAGUUGGUUUGGGGGAUUUUUGUUCUAUCCACAGGGGCAAUGAGUUUUGUUUCAAAACCAUUUUGUGUCUUAAUCCUCACUUGCACCACUUACGAAAUCUAUCCUGUGAAAGAAUCCUGGAAGGGGCUCAAAAAAAAAACCAAUACAAAGGCUUAGAAGCCCCUCUCAUGUCAGAGAAUUUGUGUCAUAAAUUGUUACCUGGAUCAUAUCAGAAAAAGUUUUUCUUUCAUGAAGAAGGAGAAGUAGGAGCCUCAUUUUCUGGUCCAUAUUUAUAAUGUCCCAGUGAAGAGUAAGUCUCUUUGGACAGUGGCUGCCCAGUUCCAGGGGUUUAAUCCAGAAGAAAACCCACUGACAGGACUUUCCCUUCCUUCCAUUCUUUGAGAAUGAGUCCAACAGGCUUAGUCCAGCUCACACUGAAGACAAAACUCCCACCAGGGCCCAGAUCAGCUCACUGGCACUCAGAGUCUACCUGCCUUUCAGAGUGCUUAAGGAGAGAGUAUUUGGUGAAUUUGUAGCAUCACAACCACCCCCAGAGCUGCUCCUCAGCUGCUGUCUGAGCUCGUUUGCACCACUAACAGCACCCAGGCAGCCUCUGCUCCCAGCUCACACACCACAGAGCUGUCUCUUCUCCACUGAGCAACCCUCCUUCCAAAGCUAGAAUGCUGUCCAAGUGACUGUCUCUUAUUUCAUGUAAAGAUAACCUGAUUUAAAAAGCAGCUUUGGGUGGUGAUCUUUCAAAAGCAUAACCCCUUGGCUCAGUGUGGUGCUGCACACUUGUAAUACACACUCCUAAAAGAGAAUAGUAUUAAAAUCCAAUCUGUGGUUCCCUUGAUACCUCCCAUAUAUUCAAAGAUCUUGUAUCAGAGCAUAUUGACAUUACAUUAUUUGCAGUGUCCUUUCCCAUGGCAGUUCUGGGAUGCAGUAAUGUGCUGUGGUGAUCUUUUAUUAUUUUUGCUCUUUUGUGAAGCAGUAAGAGGAACCUUAACCCCACUCUUGCAUUAGGAUACAGGUGUGAGUAUUUUAGCAGUGCCUGUGGUUGGUCAGUGAGUUAUUUUGCGGAAUAAAAAAUGUGGUUUUUAUAACAAAAACUAAUUAGAUUUUUUUUUCUGAGUUAAUGGUGGAUGUAGAGGUGGAGACAGCAUUGAGUCACAACAUGGUUGUCUACAUAGUCAGUUGAAAGCUGGAAAAUAGCACAAAGAUUGGCAGAAGUCAGUUUUUAGGUACAUUGGCCUGGGGAUGUUGGCUCUCAGCCCUCUCCAAAGCCAGUGCCUGCCUGGCAGCCCUCUGGGUGGGACCUCUGCUUUCAGAUGUGAUCAGAAGUGGAAUUCCUUUCAGGUACCAUGUGCUGCAGGGGCUCUCCUGUUUUCUCCUCUUUUAUUUCCUAUUUAUCCAGAUCAAUGACCUGAGAACAAAGAGCAAGCCUGCAUAAUCAUUAUUAAUGCAGAAGGAUGUGUAAAACCAUGAGGAAUUUGUUGUUUCACGCCCCUGCAUCCUCCCAAAAAUCUGCCAUCACAGUCAUUUGCAAAAGGCCUGCAAUCUGCCCUGGCUCAAAUAAAUCCAUUUGGUUUUCCCAUAGCUUUAGAAAAAUAUAUUUAAUAAUAAUUUUCCAUGAGCUGCACCACACACAGACACAGACACACACACAUAUGCACACUUUUUCUAUUUGCUCUUCACAGAAAUCCUGCCAGCUUGCAGGAGGAGCAGAUAACCCAGCAUUUCUGUCUCCCUAAAUAUGAUUUUGUGAGAAGCAAUUGAACACCGUCAGUAGGUUCCUUCUCAAACAUCCUGUCUAGUUUUCCUCUGAUAUUUUCUUAAUUAACCCCACACUCUCUGGGUCUGGCUCUGCUGUCCUGUGCAAGACCUGCCUGAGGCAGAGCUGCCAUUUCAUUCUGCCAUAAACCUGAGCUCCACAAUCAGCAGAUUAAGCUUAUCCUCCUGACUGGACUCAUUCUCCACACAGAGCUGGGGGGUUUGGCAGUCCUGUGUCCCUCCACAACAGCUUAUCCUGGGCUGUGCCUUACAUCAAAGGUCACAGAGCAAAUCCCUUCCCCAGCCCAGUGCCUCCCCAGGGUAAGGCCUGGCACUCUAAGCCCUUGCAGGCAGUACCAGGUCUGAGGCUGCAGGGGGCUGUGUCACAUGCAAACAUGCAAGAUGGUUAAAUUAAAGCUGUUAAAUAAGCCUUUAAAAGUGAAUGUGAACAUCUUUGAGUUUACAUGUGCAGACAUGGCAGCACCACCCACUGGUGGUCUCCUGGCUGUCAUCUUCCACAUGUGAUGCUUCCAAAUCAGAGCUGGAAGGGUUUCUAUCUAAAUGUAAAGCAAUUAGUGUCUCCCAGACUCACCAGCUCAAACACUGGGUGGCCCCAGUGAAACAGCUCCAUGCCCAGCCCAGCCUGGUGAGGGGGCUUGGCCUUGGCUGGCUUGGGUGGCCUCUGGUAGCACAUCCCCCUGCACCCAGAAACACACACAGACACAACUGUUGUAGGAUGCUGGCCUGGAUCCAGACAGAGCCCCCUCUCCAGGUGACCGUUCAGUCACCUCUUUGACUCGUGCAAGUGUUCUUCUGGCUCCAGCCAGCACGGGAAAUGUGCCACUUUAUGGGCUGGGGCAGCUGGGCAGGGCAGCCGUGCCCAAUCCCAGGGUCCCAGCCGGGCAGGAGCAGGGCACACGUGCUUGGAAGGGCAGCUCAGGCUCUGGAUUGCUUUGAGAGCAAGUUCCCAAAUCCUGCAAAGCUAUUUAACAAAGCCCUUUUGAGAUCCACUGGCAUCCUCCCGUGGUGGGGGAUCUGCAGCCUAUAUAUAUAUACAUAUGUAUAUCUCUGUGUGACUGUAUAUAUACAUUUAUGCACAAUAUGUAUGUGCAUAUGUAUGUGUGUGUCCAGUUUGGGGAGAUGCAUUAAGAAAAUCUUCUAUUUAAUGAAAUAGUGAUAAAGAAACCAGCGAUUCUGCCAAGAACCAGUGCUCUUCCAGAUCAAGCCCCUUCCAUUCUUCAUGCUUUGUAAAGGAUUUAAUUUGUUUCCAACUUAAUUUAAUUCAAUUCCUUUCUUUAUCAGUUUUUUUUUUUACAAAGCAAGACUUACUUCCUAUCUGAAUCAAGUCAUUGACCUUCCAAACAUUUUCUCAUUGUGAAAAAUGGAAUCUGAGUUGUCCCAUUCUUUUAGAGACACAAACCAAAUGGAAUCAGAGUUGUCCCAUUCUUUUAGAAACACAAACCAACUUUUAAUCUCAUUUUCUUUUCAUAUUACAGUCUAUGAGAUACUGUUAGGCAUUCCUUUAUGUUCCUUUUAACUACUGUAGUUAAAUCAAAAUGUUGAGUUCAGAUUUCAGUACAGCUGGGUUUUUUGGGCCGUUGCUGUGAACACAAAGAAUCCUCUUUAUUUUCUUUGCCUUUUUUUAAGCUAUUCUGUACUAUUAUUUUUAACCAUUUGAACUGUUUAUUUAAUAUUUAUUCUACACUUUAUAUUGAAGAUGUAAAGUUUAUAUUUAAAACAACACUGUUUGUUAGUGAAUGCUUCUCUUUGCCUCUCCAGCCUAGUCUGUUAGUCUCAGUGUACAUUUCUGGCAUGGGAAUAUUUUGAUAUUAGGAGUUUUGUAGCCUUUUCUCCCUCAAGCAGCAACUGAUGUAGAUCUAAGGUCACCACCUGACCCAGCCCAGGUCGCUCGAGCUUCGCUUCCUCCGUUUGUUGGCUUCUCUCGCAGUCCCUCCUGUGUCCCAUCCUUUCAUCCACAGACUGCUUUGUACAGUUACUACACAUCAAAAAGCCCUUUCUACAGUAGGUGGGUUUUGGUCUUUUUAUACUUUUCUCAAUGCUGUUGAUGUCUGUUACUGUUCAAUGUGUAGAGCUGUAAGGAGAGAUCCAAAUAUUACGUGUUUCAGUUCGAUGUCCCUACUGUAGAUGGAUGUAGACUAUCAUAGUAAAUAGAACUGCAUAGUGAAUUCUGAAUGCUUUUUCCAUAAGGAGUUAAGUGGAAUGUGAACAUUUUGCUACCUUUGGUUAACUGUAAAUGCUUAACUGUAGUCUGAAAUAGUUGCAUUUUUGUCUGUCUCAAUAAAUUUUAAUUUGUCUGCGA